AAGCUGAAAGGACUCCCUCUCGCAUCAUGAACGCGCCACCAGCGUUUGAGUCUUUUCUACUGUUCGAGGGUGAAAAAAAGAUAACAAUCACUAAGGAUACCAAGGUACCUAAUGCUUGUUUGUUUACAAUCAACAAGGAAGAUCAUACAAUUGGAAAUAUCAUUAAGUCACAGCUGCUGAAGGAUCCUCAGGUGUUAUUUGCAGGUUACAAAGUUCCACAUCCUCUUGAGCAUAAAAUUAUCAUAAGAGUUCAGACAACACCAGACUACAGCCCCCAAGAGGCAUUUACCAAUGCAAUCACAGACUUGAUAAGUGAGCUGUCCCUUUUAGAGGAAAGAUUUCGGGUGGCUAUUAAAGACAAGCAAGAAGGAAUUGAAUGAGCCAAAUCUAUGGAAGGAAGAGCUAUCCUUUUUGUUCUGACAUUUUUGUAGGGAGCAGUCAUGUAGAGCCAGCUGGUUAUUGUAUUUUUUUUGUAUGUGUGGAUAAUAUACACUUUUAUAAAUAAAAUUGUUUGACUUAUGUAA